GAACGUAUAUUCUUCCGCUCCCAGGCAUUUAUUGUUGCAAUCGAGCUGUGGGAGAUUUCACUGAUAAUUUCGAUACUCAUUUAAGGCAGCUGAGGUGUUUGUGGAAAAGCCCACAAGACGAAAAUGGCUGUUGAAGAUAUCGGGAGCGGUUGCUCUUCAAGCGGUGAUCAAGAAUUCCAUGUUCUUGCUGUGGAUGACAGUAUUAUUGAUCGGAAGGUCAUCGAGCGGUUGCUCAAGAUUUCUUGCUGCAAAGUGACUGCUGUGGACAGUGGGAGUAGAGCUUUGCAGUAUUUGGGGAUAGAUGGGGAUAGAAGCUCUAUUGGAUUUGAUGAGUUGAAGGUGAAUUUGAUUAUCACGGACUAUUCUAUGCCUGGAAUGACUGGAUAUGAACUUCUAAAAAGAUUAAGGUGUUUGGAAGAAGGUGCCGAGGACUUUCUGAUGAAGCCGGUGCAGCUCUCGGAUGUGGAGAGGCUGAGGGAUUUCAUGUUGAGAGGAGGGAGGAGGAGAGGGAGGUCGGGCGCAAGAGGAAGACGCCCGAUGAUUCUUGCGACUGCCGGCCUCAGGAAGCGGCCGACGCUGCUCGCGACCGCCUGCUCCUCGACGUUUCGGGCUCUUGAGGAGCCUGUGAUUGUGCAUGAAAGCUGA